AUGGCCUCUGCAAAGAUGCGAACGCACGGUUGGCGCCACAGACAACACCCUUCCUGCCUGCAUGAGCGGUCGGGGGUAUCCAAGAACACAAAAAGCAAAUUACGAGCACUCGGCCGGACUGUGAUCCGUCAAGCCACCGCAGUUUUCAACAAAGGAAUGACGUGCCAGGGUGUGGCCCCAAGAGCACUGCAGCGCUCUCCACAACGCCUCGGCCGUGGCCCAAUCGGACAUCGUACCCGCGAGAUUGUGAGGGAUCAGUCUCAUCGCCACGAAACGGGCUUCCUUGCCAGAUCGCAUCAGAAGCGCUCAAACCAGUUAUACCCGCAGUCGCUUGCCUUUGAUGAAGCAUUGGCCCAGGACAACGGACAUCUAUUGCAGGUCCAGCCAUACCAUCCCGUCCUGGAGAAUUCCGAGAAUUCCACUGGUGUGGAAACCAAAGCGAGAAACGCGAAAUGCAUCCGUGCAGAUUGGUCAAUUGAGCUACUGCCUCCAGGUGUCUAUCUGUAG